AAGCCAUUUUUGAAAUAAAUAAGUUAAUAUAUGCCAAGUGCUUUAAUCUGUGAACAGCACAGGUCAGUUAUAAAUGUUUUUCAUCAUUAAAGAAGAAAAAUUCUGUGAGGAAUUUCAUUAUAAUGAUUCAAGAACAUCACUUAAAUACACACUCAACUCUCGGAUUCCUAGCCUCCUGCUCAAUCCUGUGAUCUGACAACGUUCUUCUUGAACAAGCAAACAUCCUGACAUACCUGCAUCGACACUGGAACAACAUUUCUCAUGGCAGCUUCUCAGACCACUCUGUGGAGGUGGAUUUCUGGGAUCUUAGGAGUAACAGCCCUUGUGUUGAUGGCUACUUUGGGAAUUUUGUUAAAAAACACAGUUACUGAACCACAUAACCAGUCAACAGCAUCUCCAGGACCCACCACUGAACCCCAGAAAGGCUCUGAUUGCUGUUCUUGCCAAGAAAAGUGGAUUGGAUACCAAUGCAACUGUUAUUUCAUUUCUCAUGAUUAUAAAACUUGGAUGGAGAGCAAGAUAUUCUGUGAAUCUCAAAAUUCUACUCUAGUUCAGUUGCACAAUGGAAAUGAAUUGCACUUCAUGAGAUCCAGUGGACAUUAUUACUGGAUUGGACUGUCUUACAGUAAAGAACAUAAUGCCUGGUUGUGGGAAAAUGGCUCUGCUCUCAAUCGAGAUCAACUUUCACUUAUUAUAUUUCCAAGUACAAAGGGCUGCAUACUUUACAGCCCAUCCGGAAGUGUUUUGGAUGAAUCCUGCACAAAACAAAACUCAUAUAUCUGUAAACAACAGCUUAUGUAGGUGUUAUUUAGGCCAGAAGGGGUGGGCAAUGAAGGUUCAGUAUUACUAAAAAGGGUAAGCUUACCUCUUAUAUUACUACUACUUAUAUACUUCUUGGAUCUGUAAAAUGUUUCACAUUAUCUUGUCAAAAAAUAUUGAUAUAUUUGAAACCAUGUAUUUUACAACUGAUAAAAUUUGUGCACUUACAUCUGAAGUUAUAAAACAUCAAGAUGAAGAAUUUCAUGAAUCUUUUGAUUUAAUGUACAUGUUCAGUAUUAAAUGUAAUAUAUUUUCAUGCAUAUUUUAAAUUUUUUUGCAGUACUUUAAAUAAAACAAUUCACAUCAAACAAUAUUAAGAUCAUUUCAGAUAUUUGUGUGGCAUACUAAAUUGGGAAUUCCCAUCUUGUUUUUAUUUGUCUAGAGGUUAGUUCUUAUUGGCUGUCUAUACAUCUAUAUGUGUCAAUUUAGAGCUGAAAAUGCUAUAUGACAAUUUCCUUAUAUUUAUCAUCUGACUUCACAGGAGAACAGAUUUGUGUCUUGCUGCUCCUGAGUUCUGUAGGACAAUCAAAAGUCUU